AUGCCAGGUAUCUCACCUGAGGAUGAACGAACCGUGAGACAAGAACAAAAUCACAUUGACUCUGCUUACUAUCGCUCACGGCGUAAAGCUCCGCCGGAGGCUGCGGGGAGCUACCGGGAGAUUUCUGAGGAUCCUCUGCCUGUCGGCUGCUGUGAGUCCUUUGGCGGUCAAGAUCAGCCCGAACAGGUAAGCGCUUUUGAUAGCGAUGGCACAGCGGAGAGUCCGGGAGUCGUCACAGGUUCCCGGUGUGCGGCAGGACUCUGCCGGGCCGUCGCCUCGCUCUUUUCGGGUCCGGCGUGGGAGCUGCCGCCGGGCUCCCUUGGGAGCCGGUAUGUCGUCGCUGCCCGGCUCCCGUUGCUUUCCCAGAACGGGCUGCGGCUCAGCUUCUGGAAUCCUAGCCCAGCCCCGGGAUGCUCUCAGCCCCCACGAGGUUCUUCGGGGCACCGCUUUAGUUUUUCUGUUGUCCUCGGUGGGAGCGAGCGGGAUUCUUUCCAGCCCCAUUCCUGCAGCCUCGGUGCUGCCGGGAGCAGGAAGCAACGCGAAGGGCUGCCGAAAGAUUUACUUUUUUUGCAGGCUGAGCGAGGGCUGCGGCGGAUUUUCUCGUCAGUCCGAACAGGGAAGUCAGACCAGCGAGGUGAUGGAGCAGCUUUUCCAGUGAGAGAACAGGGAUGUAUUGAGCCCUGCCUACUGAGGAAUGAAGAAGUAGCAGAACAGUUGCCCGUGAGGCUGAAACAGCAGGUAAAAAGUUCUGACACGGGUGACGGAGGAGCCAGUGAGAGAGGAGCGCCUCUGGAGCUUGCUCUCCCUGUUGCGGAAGCGAAGCGUAGGGGCGGCCUCGAGCACGACUGAAUUCUGGAUGUCGUGUGGAGGAUGAAGAGUGGGACUUGCAGGAAGACAACUUAGUCCUCCUAGAGGACUUAUGCGGAGUGGUUGCCGCUGAGAUCGCUCCUUGAUGAUACCCCAGGAAAGCCUUUGAGGAAGGGUGACUUCCUGUUGAUUGCAGAGGAGCUGGUCGAAGGAAAGAUGUGUGAGAACUCGAAGAUAGCUGGCGUCGCUGCAGCCUUCAGAAGGGGUGAGGAUGGCCUGCGCCAAGGUAGGCCAGUUGGCCGUGACUCCAUCCCCCAGAAGAUGAUGCAGCAACAUCUAGAUAGCAUCAUGGAGCAGCAGGAAGAGAAGAAACUUCUAAGGAGGACUUCAGGUGGAUUUGCGGAGGGGAAAUCAGGACAGACCAACAAGGUCGCCUUGUGUGUUGUUGGUACCGUUUUGGUUUUUCUGAGAGAAGGCUGGAGGAUGUCGCCGGGGGAAUAUGGCUACCGCUACAAAUAUCUGAAGCGCAGGAGUCCAGCCGAUGGAGAUCGGCUCAUCUGCAGAGCAACGGGAGCAGCUUGGAAGGACUUGCACUGCAGAAGCUCUAUACAAAGAGAAGGAAGAAUGACUUCACCGUGUGAGCGACGGAAUAGGCUGCAGAGUCUGCUACUCUGGGGCUGUUCCGGUUGCUUUCCUGGGUGAUGGGCGGCUUCAGCAAGG